ACAGAGAAAAGGAAGAGGAAACAGAUUCUACUAUGGAGAGCGACAUACUACAUUUUCACAACCCCAGGAGAAGGACUAUCAUGAUUGGAUGGAUGGCUACAUGUCACGGCGCAGACGACGAAGAAGAGGAAACUGGACAUCCUGGUAUUCAUCAGGCAGUGGUCGGGCCCAAGAAAGAACACCAAACCCUCAACCGCAAGUUGGAAAACUCUGGUUCAAACAAGCCAAAUACGACUUGAUCGCAGCACUCAAGCAAAAAGAGAGAUGCGCCGACGACGAGGCGAUUGCACAUACAUUGAACUGGAUAUGCUACAAGUGUCAGCAGGCCAUUGAAAAGUGCAUCAAGAGUUUUAUGUAUCGGGAUGAUGCUAAUAAAGCAGGGGAUAACCAGAAGAAUCAUGACCUAGUUUCCCUGUCAUACCACGUGACUGUUCCUGGACUGACUGACCUUUGUAGACGGUUUGGUGACGAAGUCAGCCGUUAUCCAGACAGCAUGGUGUACCCUAUGUCCAGUGCUGUACCUGGCGAAGUGUUCACUUCUGCUCAGGCAGAAAACGCCUGUAGUAUUGCAGAAAGCAUUGUAGAAAUGUGCGAUGAGCAGUGGAACUCGUGAUAGCAUUAAAUGUUGUAUAUAAAUCGCAUUCUCUUAUAUAGACACUUAUUGUUCUGCACUUUUUUUGUUCACAAUUGGAUUUAUCGUUAUAUAUCGUGUAUUUUGAGGCUUAUAUCCAUUGCAUUGUAAUUAGGUACGAUAUGUACAUGU